GCCGCCGCCGCCGCCGCCGCGGAGGGGGAGACACGCGGGGGGAGCCAGUGACGUCGGGAGUUUUCCUGAAAGUCAAUAACGAGCCCGGCGGAGGCGGCGGGAGGAGCCGAGAGCGGGGCCCGGGCGGCUCCGGGGCGAGUGCGCCGGGGGGAGCCGCCGCCGCCGCCCUCCUGACCCCGCGCGUUGAUGCUGCGGCCGCCCUGCCCGCCCGGGCGCGUCCCUGCGUAGCGGGGCGCGCAGCUCCAUGUAGCCGCCGCCGCCGCCAGCGCCCUGGGGCCGGAGCCUCCCGCCGUCCCCGCGGAGACACCGGGCCGCCAGGGACCGCCGAGCCCGGCGGGGGGACAGGGGAGGAGGCAGCGGCGCCCUCCCCUUCUCCCCCCGGAGCCGCCGCCCUCGGCUCCACAGCAGCAGCGCCCGCGGCGCCGCCGCCUCUGCAGGCUGACUCAUCAGUAGAAACUGGGAAUAGCUGCAGAAGAGAAGCCAAACAGACAAGCUGAUAACUCAAAGAAAUACUCUUUCGAGGAGAAGGUUCAGAGUGGAGCCAUCAUGAGCGAUGUUACCAUUGUGAAGGAGGGCUGGGUUCAGAAGAGGGGGGAAUAUAUAAAAAACUGGCGGCCAAGAUAUUUCCUGCUAAAGACAGAUGGCUCUUUCAUAGGCUACAAGGAGAAGCCCCAGGAUGUGGAUCUGCCAUAUCCACUCAACAACUUUUCAGUGGCAAAAUGUCAGCUAAUGAAAACAGAGCGACCAAAGCCAAACACGUUCAUAAUCAGAUGUCUUCAGUGGACCACCGUCAUAGAGAGAACGUUCCAUGUGGACACUCCGGAGGAGCGGGAAGAAUGGACAGAAGCAAUCCAGGCUGUAGCAGACAGACUUCAGAGGCAAGAAGAGGAGAGGAUGAACUGUAGUCCAACUUCACAGAUAGACAAUAUAGGAGAAGAGGAGAUGGAUGCUUCAACAACCCAUCAUAAAAGAAAGACAAUGAAUGAUUUUGACUAUUUAAAGCUACUGGGCAAAGGCACGUUUGGCAAAGUUAUUCUGGUCCGAGAGAAGGCUAGUGGGAAAUACUACGCAAUGAAGAUUUUGAAAAAAGAAGUAAUUAUUGCAAAGGAUGAAGUGGCUCACACUCUUACAGAAAGCAGAGUAUUGAAAAACACCAGACACCCUUUUUUAACAUCCUUGAAGUAUUCCUUCCAGACGAAGGAUCGUUUGUGUUUUGUGAUGGAGUAUGUUAAUGGAGGAGAGCUGUUUUUCCAUUUGUCGAGAGAGCGGGUGUUCUCAGAGGACCGCACACGCUUCUAUGGUGCAGAAAUUGUCUCUGCUUUGGACUAUCUGCAUUCUGGGAAGAUUGUGUACCGUGAUCUCAAGUUAGAAAAUCUAAUGUUGGAUAAAGAUGGACACAUAAAAAUUACAGAUUUUGGACUUUGCAAAGAAGGGAUCACAGAUGCAGCAACUAUGAAAACGUUCUGUGGUACUCCAGAAUACCUGGCACCUGAGGUGUUGGAAGAUAAUGACUAUGGUCGUGCAGUGGACUGGUGGGGAUUAGGAGUUGUCAUGUAUGAAAUGAUGUGUGGGAGAUUACCAUUCUACAACCAAGAUCAUGAGAAACUGUUUGAACUGAUACUAAUGGAGGACAUAAAAUUUCCUCGAACUCUUUCUGCAGAUGCAAAAUCAUUACUUUCAGGCCUACUGAUAAAAGAUCCAAAUAAGCGACUUGGUGGAGGCCCAGAUGAUGCAAAAGAAAUCAUGCGUCAUAGUUUCUUUGCUGGAGUAAACUGGCAAGAUGUAUAUGAUAAAAAGCUUGUACCUCCUUUUAAACCUCAAGUGACAUCUGAGACAGACACCAGAUAUUUUGAUGAAGAAUUUACAGCUCAGACUAUUACAAUAACGCCGCCUGAAAAAUAUGAUGAAGAUGGUAUGGACUGCAUGGACAAUGAGAGGCGGCCGCAUUUCCCCCAGUUCUCCUACUCUGCAAGUGGACGAGAAUAACUUUUUGUUCUGCUGCUUCACUGUCAUCUUAGGUUUAUCACUGAAAAUGAUUCCUGAACAUCACCACCAGUACUAGAUACUGUUUAAGAUAGCAGGGGCACUUUCAGAGAUCAUUCCAAAUUGAACAAGUUUCUUCCCCAAACCAACCUAAAAUCCAUUUUGGUUUUUGCAUGAAAAAUGGUAUUUCUCAACGCUCUCCUGCUGUUGCUGCUGCCCACAGUCUCAAAUAAUAGCAACGUCAAGAAGUAAUUAACAAUUUCUUUGGAGGUAGAUGGCUUGACUUCAGCAUUGUAUAUGCUGUGCGCAGAUAGUCAUCUAUUUUUCCUCACAAUGGAGGCUAAACAGAAAUCAUGUUGGUCCAGAUUAUCUUCUUCUAGAAGAUGAAUCAAAAUUGUAAUUAGUCUAAAAAGACUCGUUUGUAAUAUUUUCUCGCAUCUGUCUGUGCUGGUUAGAACAAGGAAACAAAGGGGUGGUGAUGUACAUAUGCAAGGUUUUUGUUAGGCAUAUCAUUACUUGAAGCAGGUCUCUGUCAUUAACAUCUGGCUGGAAUUUGUUUGGGAAACAUUUGAGAGAAGGACUUAAACUGUUGAUAUAUAUAAAUAUAUAUAUAUAUUAUUUUUUAAUUACUGUUGGAUACUACAGAAGAAGCAGAAGGGCUGGGCUCACCCAGCCUGCCACGUAGAACUUCCAGGCUCAUGUGCAAUCAUGGAGAAUCGAACAUUAUACAUGCAAGAAAUGAAGGCAUAAAAGCAGCAGUUGAAGUUGUUUAAGGGGUCUUAUAAUUUGCACCAGAUAACAUCUUUUUCAUGCUUUUCUUUUUCUUUCAUGGUAUACAUCACCUCUGAUGGCUGAAGAAUGUAGACAGGCAUAAUGGUAUUGCUUUUCACCAAAAUGUGUGCACCAAGGUAAACAGGUGUUUGCCUUGCUUGUUUUUAUUUUGAGUUUGUGAAUUAGCUUUUUCUCCAGGUGUUUAACUCUGAAAAUUCUUUUUUUUUUUUUUUUUUUUUUUUUUUUAUACUGCAGUAGUAUUUAUUUUUAGUGAUAAGGAUUGUAUGUGUCAUGUUUGCAAAUGCUGCUACAUCUUAGAUAGAACAGGCUUAUAGCAGUUAAUUUUGUAAUAUAUGGAAGGACUGUACAAGCUGAAGGGAAUAAUGCACUUUUCUCCCUUGUGGAUAUUUUAACAAAGCUCUGAAAUUGUACAUAUUGCUUAGAAUCAGAUUUUUGUGAAUGAAAUACUGUCUUUUAAUUCUUUGGCAAUGGAGAUGAGGAAUUCCAGCUUCAUGUGCCAAAGAGUUAAAAAAGAAAAAAAAAAAAGAAAAAAAGGAAAAAAAAAAAGAAAAAAAAAAGAGAGGAAAAAAAAAAGAGAGAAAAAAAGAAAGAAGCUACAUCUUGUACUCCACUGAGGAUUAACAUAAUAUAAAAGCCUGACAGCACAACAGAAAUUUUCAGUUCUAUAAGAAAUGCAUUUGAACAAUGAUGAGACCACAGUGAUUAUAAGAAAAGCACUUUAUUAUAAUAAUUAAAAUAGUAAAUGUCUGGGAUCAGCCAUUCUCAAAGAAGGAUUGCCCUCAACCAAAUAAGUCAUGAAAUCCAGCAUGUUAUGUGUAACCGUGGUACCUGACUGACUGAAUUUAAAACAUCAUGAGCAACACUCCACUGAUAGGAAAACAUUGUCUUUCCAUUUCCGAAGAUCUGGAUCUAACAGAAUGUGUGCAUAAACUUUAGCUUUGAUCUUCAGCAAUGAUAAUCUUAAUAAUAAACCCGUUGGUGCUAGGAGUUGGGCUAUUAAAGCAGCUGCCAGUCAGUGCGGUCAUGGCGUGCAUGUGCCCCUGCUAACGACAUCGGAUAACCCUGACUCCAUGGGAUUAUCAUUUGAAGUAUCUCCGUGUUCGUAUCUUGUUAGCUCCCACAAAGACUGUGAUAUCGCAGAGUAUUAUUGAUUGCAUUGUAUGAAUGAGUAGACGAGUCUGAAAGGGGACGUGUUCCUACGCAGAUGCCUUAGCCUCUUGAAGCUGAAAGUUGAGUACCCGAGCAUGAAAGCCACUGCUGGCAGUGCGCGUGCUGGGACAAUCAAGGGGUAGACGGGCAUUACAGCAAGGCAGCUAAAGAUGCAGACUAACAUAGACAAUUUUGUGUGUGUUGUGUUUUACCUUUAAUUAUGGAUGGAUAAUCAGAAAUAUAUCAUGAUGUAUAUUCUAACUAGGUAGGAUCUCAUUCUGUCACCUUGUAACACUAAACGCUCACGUGUAGAGAUUACUCCUCUACAGAGAGGGAAAAGAGCACAGCUGCUGCAUUGGAGAUCUGUUCUGCACUGUUCGUGUGGAAGUGUCUACAUGAUGCAGUGAGUGACUGAAAUAACUGAUUCCUUAUAGACGGGCAUUAUUUAGUUCUCUGCAAAGGCCUCAGACGUACAGACUAAAACUGCAGUGAUUCAAAAUCUGUGUUAUAUGCCUGUGUUUUUUUUCCUGUUUUCAGCUUGUAAUAGCAAUAAAUUUUUGGACACGGGGCACCUAUAGCUAGUGACCAACUGGAGUUGUGCCUCUGGCCAGCAGUUCCUCAUGUGCAGAAGAAACCCUGUGGUUAGAUCGUUAUUGCGUAGCUAGGUAGAACGCAGUUUGCAGUAACUGUCUGUCGGCGAAUUACUCGAAAACCUGUUAAGACUUCACUUUGCGUUGUAUUAUCUGCCUUCCAAAAUACCGUUGAUCAAGUUGAUCUUAUGGAGGGAGUUAACGUUCAGUUAUUGCUGCCUGGAGUUGGGAAAUUCUUAUCUCUGUCACCAGUGUUAGAACCGGAUGAGAGAGAACUUGUCAAGCUGUGCUGAGAGAAACCUCGGAAGCUUCUCUUUACUGUUCCCAGUUGUAGCUGGAUUUGGACAGUACGUGGUGGCUGGUUCCCUUGAGCCUCUGAAGCACAGUACAUUUCAGGCUUUGACUCCAGCUUGUACUGACUUCCAUGACGUACAGUAUGCCCUCUUGUACUGCAGCCAUCUCUGAGGAAAUAGGUCAUUUCUGUUUGGAUUUUGGCAGUUUUGCACACAGCUUUGCUUUCCACACUAAUCCAUCUUCCAGUACAUUCCUGUUGCUUAAAGAACAUUAUUCCAGUAUUGUUUUACAUUUUUUCCAUCUUUAUUUGCGGCUUCUUAAAGCUGACUGUUCUUGCAGGGGCCAUGUGCUUCUCCUAGAGUACAAAAGUAAGGUCUUUCCUUACUAACUGCAGGGUCUAUAUAUUACACCUCAAUGUACACACUUUGCUGCUACUGUUUGUACUGUCUACAGUAGAAUUUCCUUAUCUUGCUCCUGGUAGUGCAUUACAGGCAAGCAUGAAAUGUAAAGUAUUUAUUUAAAUAAAAACCUCUAAAUUGGUAAUUGAAUUACCUCCCUGUAGCUUUAGAGUUUGUGACAUUUCUUGACCUUGCUAGUUCUUUCAUUAGAUCCAUGCAAGAUCUAGUCAUAUGGUUAAGGAUAUUAAGCAGACACGACUAUGAACCCAAGAAACCGUAUUACUGUUGGUCAUACUUAAACAGUUUAUUUCCUUAAGUAUAUGACCCACAAGGAUGUGAAAUAACUACAAGAAACUGUUUUUGUACACUGUACAUCCUUAGUAUUUUUACACGUAUAUGAUAGGGAUGCACAUUAUUUUCCUUCGUACAGACAGCUUAAAUAAAGCACUAUGUCAAUCUGCUA